CUUCUUCCCCUCAGGAUGGCGCUGGUGCUGCGGAUGGUGCUGCUGCGCGGGAGCUGUGGGAACGGGGGCCGCUUAGGCGCCGGCGGAGUCCCUGCGCCCGCCGCCUCGCUCUACCUGGCUCUGCGCCCGCCGGAGCCGCCCCCGUGGCCGGUGCUGAGACCUCCAGCGUACCAAUUUUCUGCAAAGGCAAAUUCCAAAAAAACACCCUCUGCUUUGGUUUCAAAAGUCAAAUACCUGAAUGAGAAGUAUGAAAGGUUUUUGGAAAGAACAUUCCCACGUUUCUACCAGCUAUAUUCAACCUUCUUGAAAGGAUUUCGGAUACUCUUUACAGAAAUGAAAGAAAUAAGAAGAAUAAAGGCAAACAUGUCAUAUAGAAAAAUCCAGUUCCAUCAGCUUCCAUACAGGGAGAUGGAGAGACUAAGACAGUUCCGCAGAGAUCUGAUCAAGGCCAUUCCAGUUGGGAUUCUUUCUCUUCCUCCCUUUGCCAACUACCUGGUUCUUUUGCUUAUGUAUCUGUUCCCAAGACAACUCUUGAUACGCCACUUCUGGACUUCCAAACAACAAGAUGAAUUUCUGGACACCUACCACAAUAUGAGAAAGGAGGCAUACCCAGAAGUGGUUGAUGGUCUGAUGGACCUAUCUCACUCAAUAGCCGAUUCCCAGCUUCGGAAACAGAUGCUAGAUCUCUGCAAAAAGGUGCAGGAAGGAUGCCACCCAGAUGUAAGGGAACUUACAGCUGUGAGGACCUUAUUUGUGGGACACCCCUUUGGCACCCAGCAACUCAGGGUUCAGCAGGUGAAAGUCCUAAGCCGUGUUUUGUUCCUAACUCCUCACUUGCCAUCUCUCUUCCUGAGAUACCGCUUGCAGAGCCACUUAGCAGAGCUGUACCAUCUGGACCAAGCGAUGCUGAAACUGGGUGUGGGGCAGCUAACCGAUGAGGAAGUGCAAGCGGCUUGCUAUACCCGUGGCUUGAAUUCUGUUCACCUCAGCCCACUGGCAUGCAGGCUGUGGCUGUCUCACUGGCUCACACUCUCCUGCUCGCUGAAAGACGCCGAGACUUCACUCUUGGCACAUGGCAUGGUCUUGCUUUCUAUCAACUUCCCUUCCUCUUCCAAGGGCUGACUAAGGGCACCCCUCACUGGUGGACCACUUCUGAAGAGAUGCUGCAACAGCGACUCUUGGCUGAAGCAGAGAGAGAUAAGGGUUUUUGCUUAUACUAAAAUACAACAAGCAGGAGUCCUGCAGAAGCCUCUCCCACUGAAUUAUUAGCCUUGAGAGGAAGGUAGAGGAAACACUGCAUUACGCUGAAUAUUCCUCCUCCUGCCGUAGAGGGAGACAAGAGAAUUGCCAGUAUGGCCCUGGACAAAAUGCCUAUACUGUAGAAGACCACAAUAUUUCCAUUUAGAUCUAGCUCCAGAAUGUCCUCGUGGGCCCAGCCUGAUUCCAUACUUUUCUUCACUGUUUAAGUCUCUUGUAAAAACAUCUGCUGAAGUAGGUAUUGGUGUUAGCCUGUAUUGACUUCCUUGUAACUUUGAAGGGUAACAGAGCUGUCACGAACUUUCCAAGGCUGUUUCCCUCCCCCGUUUUAACUUCAUUUUUACAAUCAACAAGGCUGCAUGGAGCUCAGUGCCUUUUGCUGGGCAUUCACAGUGUGCUGCAAGACUUCGAAUAUAGAACCCCGUUUUCCAGAGCUGCAACUUUUGUUUGAAAUCCUGCUAGUGGCUUGCUCUUCUGUAGGAAAGAUACAGCUGUGCUCUCACAUGGGCAUUAUGGAAGGUGCAUUUCAUGUUGGCAGAUGUGAUAACAGAGCCUACAGAAUUCAAUAGGGUAGUUACACACUCAGAGCAAGUUAAUUGGAGUAUCUUUACCCAAAGCACUUAAUAUCAAUUUCUGUGCCUCCAAGUCUUAAGUACUACUGCCACGAUACUUAAAAGCUAAGUGAAAAAAGAAAAAGAAAAAAGCCAAUCCUUGCACUCCAGAAGCUGGAAUUCUGGCCAGAUAGAAUAUAAAUUGUGCGUGGUAGACUAGUGAUUGAGUCAGUCAUUAUAAAAUGCAUGAGAAGUGCGUAAAAGUAAAUGAACGUUCAGCUGUACCUGAUGUGAAAGUUUCGUUAAAGAUAGCUAAUAAAGGACAAUCUCACAUUUUACCUGGA